AGACUGUUAAUAUAUAAAGGUGAUCUAAAACUUUGGAAUAAGAAGUCUGCUAAAUUUAAGCAUGUCAUUAAGAAAAGUGAUGAUGAUAAGUGGAAUUCAGAUAUUUAUAAUAAUAUAGAUGAUGAUGAUUUGUUACAAGUCGAUAAAAUAGAUAAACUAGAAAAAAUGAAUGAUAAUAUCUUAGCAUUAACUGUUUUUACAAAUAAUGAAUCAUUAAUUGAUAAAACACAAUUUGGUGGUUUAUGUCAUGUAAAAAUUAUUGCUCGUAAAAUAUUUCCAAAGUUAUUUCAUCAAAAAUUCAGUAAUGCUGUACGUGCUAAGACAUGUUCAGAGGUUGCAGAAAAGGGCAAUAUUUGCAAUGAAUAUCAUAAUAUUCAGUUUGAUAAAAAUCUUUACAAUAGACUUUUACAAAAAAUACCAUCAUCAGAAAACAUUAAAUUUACACCCAAAUUUUUGGAAAAAUAG